UUCCGUUGGGUCAGAGCUGGAGUCUAAUGUCUGACAUCGGAGGUUUUUGGUCAAAGGCAUCACUUUAAAGGUGUUGAAUCAGAGCGGUUCGAUGAGACCAGAGCUACGUUUGCUCUCAUUGGAUGUGGAUUUUUCUCCGUCUCUGAUUGGCUGCGAGGUUGAGUCUGAUUGGACGAUUGUUAACUGAAGUAACCGGUUGCAGAUCUUUUCUCGUCUUUACCCGGGUGUCAGACGUCAUGAAACACGAUACGUCUUCCAGCCGGCGGAAAGGCACCACCCCCAAACGCCGCCCGCCACAGCCGCCGCCUCCGCCCAGACCUUCAGGUUCAGGGUCGGGUCGGUCCCCGAGACGGAGCGGAGCGUCAGGGCGUCCUCCUGGGUCUCCCAGGAAGAGAAGGUUUCGUCCUGGAACCAGGGCCUUGAUGGAAAUCCGUAAAUACCAGAAGAGCACCAGCCUCCUGCUCAGGAAGGCCCCCUUCUCUCGCCUGGUGCGUGAGGUGUGUCAGAGUUUCUCCAGACAUGCUCUCCGAUGGCAGAUGUACGCCAUUCUGGCCCUUCAGGAGGCGGCUGAAUCGUUUCUCGUCAUGUUGUUCUCUGACGCCAACCUCUGCGCCAUCCACGCCAAGAGGGUCACCCUGUUCCCACGCGAUGUGCAGCUUGCCCGAAGGAUCCGCGGCGUCGAGAACUUGUGAAAGCCACCGACCGACCAGGACUUUAAAAAAAAACAAAAAAAAACUGUGUUUUAUUCGCCGUGGGACGGUCGUCUUCACGUUUUUAUGCCUGCGUCCUGGGACGAAACAGAAAACCGACAAAACGCUCACGGGUUCACGUCUGCGAUGGAUGAAAUGUUGUAAAUGAGCCCGAACCAAGCCGAGUUUGGACCUGAAACCAGGAUUAAAGCUUCAGCCCAAGGAGUUCCUCCACAUUUUUAAUGUUUCCAAACCUUCAGCAGCAGUGAAUUCAUCAGUGACUGGGAAAGUGGAACGGAUUCUUUUAUUGUUUUUUUCUUUUUUUUUUUUUUGG